CAACAUCACGGAUCCACGUGACCCACUCGCUUUCGACGUCGUACCUUACCUCGUCAGCGCUAGCCGGCAGCUUUACCGUUGUCAACCAGCAACCCAACAUGGAAGCCCCUGAUCUUCGAGUCCCUGAAAUUAGCCAGGCUGAGCUCACGUUCUUCAACGAAGCACACUUCUCCCAAUCCGCUAUCCAUCACUUCGAUACCGACUUCAUGCGACCUUAUCUUGAACGAAUCCCACGAGUCACGAGUCACGAACUACACGAUGAAUGUUAUGAUGAUGACGAUGGUCUUGGCUAUUACGAGGACGGGACGAAACGUACCCUCACAGACGAACAAAUCGCCAUGUUCAAACAUUCUGAACUCGAAGCCUUGCGACGCGCCCAAGAACGUUCAACCCCUCGUCAUGCAGCACGAAACACUCAGCUAGAGGCAAUCAGCGCAGAGGAUGCAACCCACGCUGAACUCACCCAGCUGUGUUCCGAGGACGAGCCCUCCACACUUUCCAAUGCGGCAACCUCGAGAAAGAAGCGGAACAGGAAACACAAGAAUCGUGAGCACGUCGAGAAGCCUGACCUGCGCAAGCGAACAUGGGACCGCGUAGAGCCCGGCCUGGCAACUCUAGACUACGAUUGAUGGGACUCAAGAUCCUUGCUCGGCUUCUCAGGCAUCACAGCGGCGUCGCAUCUCCUACGGCGAUUGAACAAGCACACCACUCGCGACCCCGCUUGCCUGAAGAACAAGCCGGCAUGG